AUGCAUCUGAACUUCUUCUCCAUGUGUUGUGUCCGUAGCCGGCUUGGAAGCAUUGCGGUCCAGAUGUUGAUCGCCAAAUGGUGCCGUGGUGGCCGAAAGCGGCUUAGGGGCUGGACUCCGCCCGCCAACCUCCGUCUUCACUCCUGCCAUCGCUUCGAUCGCCUCCCCAUCCUCUUCCCCACGGCCUCGCUCUCACCAAUUCGUCGCACCACCGCCAAGAUGAAGCCCGUCGUGUCUGCCUUGAACGCUUGGUCCUGCGUCGUCAUCUCUCUCUUUGCCAUCGUCAUUCUCUCAGUUCUCGGCUCGCUAUUCGGAAGCAACAACCACGCAUACACCGGCACUGAAGGAGAACCUGAAGAUGGAGCCGCCGUCGCCGCCUCGAUUUACACUGCCGUGAUAAUCUACGCUGGUUUCUUCGUUUUCUGCGGAUUCCAAGCCUACCUGCAUCUGCGAGGCAGCAGGGGCGGCGCCAUAUCACUCCAUUAA